GGUAGAGCAACACACUAUACCCCUUCAGCUGAUCAUUGUGGUACUUCAUCUAGUUCUUCGGACUUUGUUGUCGCAAUUGGCUACAACUUGUACAUGUCCAACGACGUUACUAGUCGAGGAGUGUCUGAAUAUUGUGGAAAGACUCUCACUGCAACCUAUAAUGGCAAAUCAGUCACUGCCAAAAUUGUUGAUUCAUGUGCUUCCUGCAGUGAUGAGCAAAUAGAUUUCAGUCCUGUUGCUUUCCAGCAAUUGGCAGAUCUUGAUGUUGGUGUCUUGCAGGUCGAAUGGAGCUUCGAUUAA